AACUGUUAUUGGUUAGCUCUGACUCCCGCAAGCCCUGUCAUUGGUCACCGUUGAAUUUCUGCACGCUCCUUGACCCGGAAGUACAGAUGGCCUACUGUAUUCAAACUCAUAACGGGAAGAAUUUGUGUUUCGCUGGCAGCAAAACGCAGGAAAGUGCUCGUCGCAGGAGCGUCGAAUAACGGUUCUGAAGGAGUGAAUUGUCGUGAAAUGAAAGGAUCAUGAUGGAGGGACACCGGCGGGGCAGAGAGCAAGUGACGAUGGACGAGCUGCCGGAGCUUUACUCUGUCCUGAGAGGAGAGGUUGCAUCCGUCACAGCUUAUGGGGCCUUUGUGAAGAUUCCCGGCUGCAGGAAGCAAGGUCUGGUCCACAAGAGCGAAAUGUCCUCGUGUCGUGUGGAGAACCCCUCCGAGAUCGUGGACGUGGGAGAGCAGGUGUGGGUUAAAGUCAUUGGCCGAGAGAUACAGGACGACAAGGUCAAGCUCUCAUUUUCAAUGAAAGUUGUCAAUCAAGGGACGGGGAAGGACCUGGACCCCAACAACGUGAUCUUGGAACAGGAUGAGAGGAAGCGGAGGCAGUUCAGGGACUUUGCCAGUCAGAAGAUAACGCUGGAAGCUGUUCUCAAUACCACAUGCAAGAAGUGUGGCUGCAGGGGCCACUUUGCCAAGGACUGCUUCUCCCAGCCGGGCCUGCAGUACAGCCUGGUGCCGGAGGACGAGGGCGCUGCCGCGGAGCCGUCGGGACAGUCCACACACGCACAGCUGCAUGGGACAAAGAAGGAAAAGAAAACAAAGAAGAUGAAGAGGAAGAGGGACAAUAAGCAGAGCUCCGACAGUGACAGUAACGAUGGACACACUGCUCCCAAGAAGCGGUGCUUUGCCGCUGAUCCAGGUGCCGCAGAGGAGAGGAAGAGGAGGAAGAGGAAGAAGAAGGAGAAGAAGAAGCACAAGAAGGAGAAACACAGGUCUCACAGAAAGCAGGAGUGAGAGUGUGACUCCACCUCCCUAUUGGACAGUCCUGAGAACACAUGCUCGAACCCCCAGCACCGAAACACUGUGAGAACACAGUGAAACAUACAGUAAAAUACAGUGAAAUUCAGGCCUGGCUCAUGUUUUUUCGUUUUGAAAUGUGUUAUUAAAAAUGUG